CUCAUAUUCUCCUCUUUGUAACCUUUCCGUUUCCAUUUGCAGAGACAGAAAGGAGAGAAUUUCUCUUUCCUUUUUUAUUUAUAGCACAAAAAAAACUUUACAAAUAUAAAUAAAUCAAAUAGUAUUCCCAAAAGAGACAUAACCGUUUUGUUUUCCGAAAGAGUUUUCUCUCUGUUUCUGUGUAAAGAAGUCAUGGCGGAAAAAGGGCGUCCGCUUCCUAAGUUUGGAGAGUGGGAUGUAAAUGACCCAGCUUCAGCUGAGGGAUUCACAGUGAUUUUUAAUAAAGCUCGAAAUGAGAAGAAAGCUGGCAAGAUAGACUCACCACCGAAAGGUGACUCUGCACACAAGAAUAAAGCAAUGCUUGGAAAACCUCAGUCAAAAAAAUGGUUCUGCUGUAUGCAAUCUACUGCGGCAGAAUCAUGAACUGUCUUAGCUCUUACAUGCUGCACUGGAAAGUGAUGUUGGUUGGAACCAGACGAUACGAGUGCGCCGUAUAACACUGGAGCUGUAGUCAAGAUCUGAUGAGGAAUACUGGGAUUUUUGCUGUUGUAUUUUGGAAUAUUUUCUCAAAUUGCAGGCUUUUGCUGCCAAAAUAUGAAUGAUAUAUAUUUGUUUAUUUUUUUAAUCUUAAGUUCUUAACUACAUUAUUGCUCCUAUUAUUUUUAUUUUCUUGCCAAGGCUAAGGACAGAUUGGUUGUGUUAA